AUGCAUUUCGCAUAUCCACCACGCAAAAACUCCAAUGCCCCGGCAUUUCCGCCGCGGUCGUCACGGCUGCCGGUGCUACGGCGCAGCCGGACGCGGGUCCUUGCAUCGCUGGGCCUGUUUGUGAUCGCGGUGCUGAUGCUUCUGACACGAUCGCACCAUCAGUCGAACCCGUGGAUGACGCUGCACAACGAGGCGAAAAACGACCCGAACAGUGGCAGCACCAAGAGCAACGUGGCGGCAGUAGCGGCGGCGGGCGUGACAACAAACUCGUUUGCGACAUUCAACUAUGCGUCGUCGGGCAAGGCGCCGACGGUGGUGAUCGUGACGGUGUUUGACGAGACCAACUUCCACCGAGCCUACCUCGACACGGUGCGAGACAACCGCAAGCUGUACGCCGAGCGGCACGGCUACGCGGCCUUUUUCCCCAAGGUGGGCGAGUACGAUCUCAAGGGCUCGCCGCUGUCGUGGACCAAGGUGGUGGCGAUGCGCCACGCGCUCACGCUCUUCCCCGACAGCACGUUCUUCUGGUUCGUCGAACAGGACACGUUUAUCAUGAACAUGGGCGCUAAGAUCGAGAGCGAUCUGAUGAUGCCGACCAGGCUAGAGGCCCUGAUGAUCAAGGACCACCCGGUGGUGCCGCCCGACAGCAUCAUCAAGACAUUUGUGCACCUGCGCGGUCAGGACGUUGACUUUGUGCUGACGCAGGACAAUGAUGGACUGUCGACGUCGAGCUUCAUCAUCCGUAACGGCGGGUGGGCGCGGUUCUUUUUCGAGACCUGGUUCGACCCGAUCUACCGGUCGUACAACUUCCAAAAAGCGGAGACGCAUGCGCUGGAACACAUUGUGCAGUGGCACCCGACGAUCCUGUCCAAGAUGGCCAUCGUGCCGCAGCGGACCAUCAACGCGUACAGCAAAAACGAGCACGGGGCGGUGUACGAGCCCGGCGACCUGUCGGUUCGCGUCGUCGCCUGCAUCCGGACCAGCUCGACGAUCUGCGAGAACGAGGCGCAGUCGUACAUCAAGCAGUGGCAGGCGGCGGCCAGGGCGUCGAGCUGA